ACGGUUAGUCCUACGUUUCUUCUCGCGGAACGCGGACUCUGUUCCGUCGAGUAAACGCGUGUUUGCGAUGAUUCGAUCAUCGUUAGAUCGUUGGAUCAAUUUCUAGCGUAGAAGCUACUCUUGACGAUGACCGUUCGCUAUUUAACAUUGGACAGAGUAGAAAAAAAAAAGAGAAAAGGGGAAGAUAAGGCGAAGAGAUGCAACAAUUCCAAGGAAGACUGAUUUACAUAACCGACGGCAGAUCUUCCUCGAAACCAAGCGAAUUUGAAGCAAAUUGAUCCUGGCUAAUGAACACCUAGUCUCAAUGAAAAUUACUCAGAUAUUGUAAUCGUUAUACUCUCAAACUCGCUUUUAUAACAUGAUCGUAUCUCCGUCUCUUCACUUUCGCUGCUACUUUUUCUCCGUUUAUAUUUCUUUGUUUGUUUUCUAUUUCGUCUUUGACUUUGAGUGUUCGAGCGUUCAAAAUUAUAUCCAGCUUGUGCAUCGAGUGACAUGUACGAUACUAACGAACAAACGUGUGCCACGAUGCGUGCUGAUAGUGUAACCAGCUGUUACGAGUGCAUUCAAAGGCUAAGCUCGAUAUUAAAAUUUUGAACGAUAACCAGGCCGAUAACGAAAUGUUGUUCAUUUCAUUUCUGAGGAAUGGAGGACAAAAGUGGAGAUAGAAAAGAUAAAAAAGAAGUAAAAAAAUUCAGAGAGGCACAUAUACGUGACAGGACUCUCUGAUUUUGGAACAUCAAUAACGCCCACGAAAAUUGUAAAAAAAAUUCUCGCCUGAAACGCAUUUUCUUGUUCCUCCUACUCGCUCAACAAUAUCAGCUAUCGAUAAUUCGAACCAGCAGUUCGUGUAAAUAAAGAUGAUCGCAAUAACUGGAGAUCCACGAGGAACGUUACCUCAACGAGGAGGAAUUUGAUGAAUCAAUCUAAAAGCAUCUCCCUUUCUCAGCGAAAAGGAGACAAGUAGUUGGUCACUCGAGCAGACCAUUAUUCUUUAAACGAAACUUUAUGACACAAUAACAAACGAUCCGAUCGAUCCACGAAACGAUCCACAGGGAAUAAAAAUUCUGUAGACUCGUCUCUGUUAAAAGAGGCGUAUGAUACAAAGAAAUAGAUAAUAGAAGUGGAUGAAAAGAGAGGAUCGUCGAAAAAAUGUCGUGCAGGAAGAAGAUCGACUCGAAACUCUGGCUGGAGUACACCCAAACGAUGGAAACCGAGGUGCGGACGCUCAAGCAGGAGCUGGUUCGUACCCAGGAGGCCUUGAAGGCGGCCACAAAGAGAUGCCGUGAUCUGGUGAAAGAGCUGGACAAUCGCACGGCGGGCCAUGAGUCCGAGAGGAGCCUCCGAGAUCAGCAGCUAUCGCGGAUACUUCGCGCGCUGCUGGUGCUGGAGGCACGGCUGAAGCAGGAGCAGAAAUCGAUCAGGCAGCUGCUUUGCGAGAAGGACAACGUGAUCAGGAACCAGCAGCUGGAGAUCGCGAGGCUCAGGCGUUACACCAAGAACUACAUCAAGUGCAAACGCGAGCAGGGACUUGGUAAAUCGUCGAUGAAGAUCAACGGGGCGACCGACAUCGAGAACAGUGAUCUACAAACGUCCGAUGCCGACGCGAGUUCGAGGCAGGACUGCGGGAUCGGCAAAGACAUUCAGAAUCUGAAGUGCGAGAUAAUCACGAAACUGAACUCGUCGGUGGUACCUGUUGCGCUCGACGACUUGGACAGGGGGGUGAAGAAAACCCACAGCUUCGCCGGGAGCGAUAUCUCGAAAACGAGCCUGACCAGCAGCGAGAACACCGAUGUGUCGAUCAUCACGACCACCACGGAGGGCAGCCCUUCGUUGCUCAGCACCGAGGGUUUCUGCGAGGGUGAAAGCACCGACGUUUCACCGGGCUCUACGCUCAACAAAUCCAACAGAUGCACGCCAACGAUGAUCACAGACAGCGAGAACGAGAUCACGAUGAUCUACGACGACGACAACGACGACAUGGACGAGGACGAGGACGAGGAGACGCUGAUCAUGGAGAACGGUUCUAAAUCGUCGAAGAAGAAGUUAGGAAUCGGCAGAUCGAGGACGCAGAAGACUGCAAAGGACGUGAUCGAGCCGACGAAUAUCGCGAGAACGGAGAGUAAAGACGACGGGAUGGACUGUAAUUUUGUGUCAGAGGACGAGGAGAAGGAGCAGGAGCCGAUUUACGUGAACGCUUGCAACGAGACGAAUUCAAGAAACUCGGAACACGCGGGGACUGUGAUCGCGGAAGUGCCGAAAAUGAACGAGGAUUAUAGUAAUAAUAAUAACGGUAGCAAUGCCGGGAGCAAUAAUAACAAUAGCGUAUGCUUAAAAAUAGAAAUCGAAGAUCACAACGUGGAGGAAACCAGCGGGAACUGGUACAGCGACCCCGACGAGGACAAAGUCAACGACGAUGUCUUUAGGCACAGCACGUAUCGACCAAAUAGCAAUCAUAAUUCCGUUUUGGAGUGCGUUAAUCAAAUACUUUUACGAGACAUGGAGGAAGAAGAGAGCAUUCUUUCCAUACCUAGACGAUUUAAGCAUCGAGGAAGGAUCGUUCGAUUUCAGCCAGCCAAAUUGUCCGAUAUCGAGUCCGUAGGAUCCGAAAUGGAGAGGAAGAAUUCGGACGAGGGAAUUAUAGAGAAAGAAUCAGGCAGCAACGAAUUCACCGCUGACGUUCCUGUCAACGGUUUCGAACCUACUGCUACGGAGGAUGAGUUUGGCAUGAGUCUUGGCGAAAGCGUUUCAACGUCAAACGUUACAACCACGAUCGCGAACCACGAGUCGAGCCUUGAGGAAGAAUCGGAAGAAUCGAAGGCCAUUCCAAUCGUCAUUAUAGAGCCAAAGGUCGAGGUAGAAACAACGAGGCACGCAACAUUCCCCUCCUCGCAAGCGAUGCAGAAAGCAAAGACGUCUAUAAACGCGUCGAAUCCACCUUUGAAAUUGGAACGAAUUGAGGAAAAAACCUGCUUGCAGAUGUCUACGAAAGGCCUGACUAUUGCGAAGAAUUUAGACUACGAGGACAUCGAGUCGCUUCCGGAGAUCAUAUCUCCAUCACCUAAAACACCCCCUAUGUUACCUCCUAAACCGCAGUUCAAGAACAACACGUUAAUCUUGAAGAAAAUCCCCAGCCCCUCGUUUCUGAUUGACGAAACGCGAAAGAAGCAGCAACUCUUCGAAUCGAACUCGUCCGAGCACGGCAAGAAAAUAUUCGGCUUCAUAUCAUCCCCAUUGAAAUCCGCGGGGAUUAACGUUGUGUCGUCUGCGAGAAGCUUGAACUUCGACGACGCGAUCAACAAAGUUACAGGGAACAACGAAGAGGGGAACUUUUGGAAGAACAGGUUCAAUAACGUACGGUCCUCCUUUCAGGCACGACAGAGCCACGAAACUAGCGGGGAACAAACGCGAAAAAUUCCCAGAGUCACCAACAUCGUUCGCCAUUUCGAGGAAUUCAAAAUUGGCGGCGAGCCGGAGGAUCAAACGAAGGAACGCACAAAGCCGAAAGAGAAACACAUUCAUUCGGAAUUCGAUCAGGAGUUCGACAUCAGACAAAAUUUCGAGGAGUUCAAUUUAGACGAGUGUGACUUGUCGGAUGAUCCGGACAGACCGGAGGGUGAUGGAUCGGAGAGGCUCGGCAAUCUUGGGGCGACGGUUGGUCAGAACGAGAAAACUGCCGCAACCAAAGACAAUAAUAAUGUUCCUCUUGCUGCGAGCAAUUCGAGCAGCGGCUAUGAUCACUUUUUAGAAGCGACAGGUCUUAGUAAUAAAUCCAUACUAACACCCUCAAGAUUGCUGAGCAACCAUAAGAGCAUGUUAAAACCGAAAGACGUCAAGUAUAAGAAUAAGAUCAAAGCGACAGCGGUUAUGGAGAAACACGGUGUCUCCACCACUAACAAUACUACUCAUAUCAGACAUUGGACAGGUCCGUUUGUUUGACGACUGGCUCAAGUUUUUCCAAAAGGUCUGUUUCGACAAGAAACGUCUGCCGAAGGAACGUGAAUUAACGAGCAGGGGAGAAUUAGUAACUAGAUACGAAUUAGUGAAAAUUCAAACCGUGCUACGAACAUGAUUCCCUGAGUGUAAAGUAUAAAGUAAAUCCUGUAAAUUAUUAUUAAUGUUUUCUUUUUAAUACGAUGCUUUUGUCAGAUUUUUAUUACUAAAGAAACGUAAAAAUUAAUUUAUUUAUAGCAGCUUCAAUUUAAAGAAUGCUUGAACGUGUUGUAUAUUUUGAUAAAAUGUUUCUUACCUAUUUAUAGCGUUACUAAUAAAAUCGAUAAAUUGAACAAUUGACAGUGAUUUGUAACGUAAAUGUACAUACGUUAAUAUAGACUUUUGGCUAUGGAGUGCCACGAGUAAAUUUGCAGUUUAUUGCAAAAAUUAAUUUUUUUAUUGCGAGAAUCUUUAUGUUCUGUUAUUCUCUAUCGAAAGUCGUUCAAGAAAAACUGAAAAUGUUAAAUUAUUGUGAUUUUACAUUAAUCCGUAAUUACGUUCACGCGUAUAAAACUUAUAAAUUUUAAAUACUAAAUUUAAAGAGUAUCCCAAUUAAUUAAUUAAUUACUCAAACUUUGUAGAAUUUACUGCAUGUAAUUACGGAUUACCUAUUCAAAUUACGGAUUCGAUUAAAUGCUAUAAAAGCAAAAUAUACGUAUUCUAUAAAAGUAUUAAAGGCAUUGUAUGAUAUUGACAAAAAUCAAUUGAAGGAUAAAAAUAAAAAUGUACUUGUUUUUUUUUUGUUGGAAAUAAAAUUAAAGAUGACUUUAUUGAAAGAUUCCUUGCGUUUGAUUAAGAAAUAGGAAUACACCAGUAUAAUAUUAAGUAUUUUGUGGCGAUUUAUAAACAUCUAGAACAUAUCAUACAAUUAUAUAUAAUAUAUAUCUAUAUAACUUCUACUAUCUAUAAAAAUACAACGCAACUCUAUAAAAAUACAAUGCUAACUGUCACUGGUAUCAAAAUCUAAAUAGGACACGGAAGAAAAAAGUACUUCAGAAAAUGGACAAUAUUUAAAUUUGAACAUUUCAUCAAUAAAUGUUUUGAAAAGAUUCCAUUUUCGUGGGUUAGUAUGAAUCACUCGUUCAGGCACUCUAUUACACUUGGCUAGUGCUAUAUUAUCAAUACAAAUGUAUAGACAUAGCUGAAAAAUUGUGUGAAGAAUCACACAAUUAGUUUGGCACAGUGGUUUCUUCAAGUUUCUCUCUCCGCACGAAAAUCGUAAAAGAACUACAAGAAGAAUAAAUAAAGAAUAAAAAUAUUAAACGCACUA